UUCUUAUUCACAUCAUACUUAAAAAAACAAAACAUACACAUAUAUAUACACACAUUCACUCACAUUGAAGAUGCAAGAUGAAGAAACAUACAUGACAUUGAAUGUACGGUCAAAGAAAAGGAGUUCUAGCCAAACAUCUCAACUUAAAUGUAAAGAUUAUAGUGAGAUGUUGCACCGGUACAAAAUCUUAUUGGGAAUAUCUGGAACAGUAAAUGGUAUUCUCGUUUUGACUUUGAUCUCCUUGACUCUGUUGGUUUCUCAGGGUGUGUUGCUAAAAUGCCAGAAAGGAAAUAAUUCAAAUACCACCCAGCAUGAUGAUAUUGGAAACCUGAAAAGGAAUAGUGACACGAGAGGAAACAUAAGUAAUAAGGACACAGGCCACUGUGUUUCAAGACCUGCAGGCCACACAGGAUUGUGCCCAUCAGAAUGGCUCAAAUAUCAAGAAAAGUGUUAUUGGUUCUCUAAUGAGAUGAAAAAUUGGAGUGACAGUUAUGGGUAUUGUUUGGGAAGACAAUCUCAUCUACUAAUCAUUCAGGACCAACUUGAAAUGUCUUUUAUACAGAAAAACCUAAAACAAUCAAAUUAUGUGUGGAUUGGGCUUAAUUUUACCUCCCUGAAGAGGACAUGGACCUGGGUGGAUGGUUCUCCAUUAGAUUCAAAGAUAUUCUUCAUAAAAGGUCCAGCUAAAGAAAACAGCUGUGCUGCCACUAAGGAAAACAAAAUUUACUCUGAAACCUGCAGCAAUGUUUUCAAAUGGGUUUGCCAAUAUUAGAAUUUAAAAAAAAUGAUAAUGGAAUAAUCAAUGAUAAAAUCUUUUGCCUAUUAGGUUCUAAUAUUAAUCUUUAGGGGUAAGAAUUUAAAACUGCAAUUGAAUGCCAAAAUAGCUUCUUUAUUUUCCCUCAAUCAUCUACAUUGGUCCUAGACUUGGAGUAACCCAUGUCAACAAUGUAAAAUACACUUUUCCCAUUUUUUAUGUGAUAAUGUAAUCCAGUGUGAGCUCAUGCAUUCAUAUUCAGAAUUUUUGUUCACUUUUUAUUUUACAAGUGUUAUCAAA